GCCGCCUCCUCCGCUGCUCCCCCGACAGCCGUGCCUCGCCACCUCCACUCCUCCUCCCCCAACCAGCCGCAGCCAGCCAUGGCGAACGUCGCCGCGGGGACGAAGGUGGCCGCCGCUGCCGCCGCCGCCGGGCAGCCGAAUAAGAGGACGUUCCGCAAGUUCACUUACCGCGGCGUGGACCUCGACGCGCUCCUCGACAUGUCCACCGACGACCUCGUCCAGCUCCUCCCCGCCCGCGGCCGCAGAAGGUUCCAGAGGGGGCUGAAGCGGAGGCCCUUGGCGCUCAUCAGGAAGCUGCGCAAGGCGAAAAGGGAGGCACCAGCCGGUGAGAAGCCAGCGCCUGUGAAGACUUAUGUGCGCGACAUGAUCAUCAUACCAGAGAUGAUAGGCAGCCAAAUUGCAGUGUACAAUGGGAAAUAUUUCGUCAUAAAUGAGAUCAAGCCCGAGAUGAUUGGGCACCACCUCGCCGAGUUCUCCAUCAGCUACAAGCCCGUCAAGCACGGGAGGCCCGGCAUCGGCGCCACCCACUCCUCGAGGUUCAUUCCUCUCAAGUGAAAGGAUCCCGCGGCCUGACUGCCCUCGGCCGACUCCAUGUACCUCUUCCUGGAGUGAACGCCGUGUAUGUCCGUUUUGUCUGUGGUGGAAGAACUUCUAGUAUAUCUAUCUAGUGGAAGCAUGAGGUGGAACUUCUAGUAUGUCUAUCUUUCUAGUGGAGCUGUGGGAACCCAUGUAUGGAAAAUUGGGAGAAGAAAGCAGCAUCUGUUAUCUAUCUGUGUGGCUGUAGCUAAUGCCCACUUGGUUUGUCUCUCUGCAUCCUCUGGUUCCUGGUGUGCCAGGUCCGUUGUCCAUGCUGUGCACUUUGCAACCUUCUGAUACUUAUGGCACUUGUAGAUGGUUUUGCUUUGAUGAUGUGUUGGAUCUGUCGCCCACCAUUCCAACCUCAACUCUGGUGGGGUUUGCAUUGUUGGAAUGUCGUUUCACCGUGCAAGCCUCUGGUUACUUUUCCGUUAGGUGCCUGUGGUGUCCAGUUGGCAAAUGGCAAUUGGACCCAAGAGGAUAGGACAUAUACGGCGCUGGGAUACCCAGAGAAUUUGCUCACCUUCACUUCAGUUGGUUCCCCUGCUCUCACUUGCUGCAUCUCCCCCGGAGCUCGGGUCAGGUCUACAAUGGCAAUGAUCAGCCCUGCCGCCGCCACCGUCGUCGCCGCCAGGCCGGCCCAAGCUCUAGGGCUCCCUCAGCUGAGGGUGACCAGGGCUGAGAAGCUGAGGUGCGCCUACUCCAAGGACGGCAAGGAGGAGGCGGCUGCGGCGACUCCGGCGGUCGUGAAAGGCGUGCCGCUGCUGGCCGCGGCGAGCGCAGCCAUGACGGCGGCGUCCCCGGCGCUGGCGCUGGUGGACGAGCGGAUGUCGACGGAGGGCACGGGGCUGAGCCUGGGGCUGAGCAACAACCUGCUGGGGUGGAUCCUGCUGGGCGUGUUCGGCCUCAUCUGGUCCCUCUACACCGUCUACUCCUCCACCCUCGACGACGACGACGAGUCCGGCGGCCUCUCCCUCUGAAGUCCCGCCACCACCACCAUCUUCCUCUUCCUCCUGCCCGCCUGCCUCAUCCUUGAAAGCUUUGCGUAAUUACCGUCAGCCUAAGCAUGGACGAAUGCUGAGUUACUGAUUACGUAGGAGAAAUGUAAGAUGCAGUAUGUCAGUGUUAAACCGUUGCAGUUUUUAACUGAGUCAAUUACACCA